AUGCAGGUUUCACGUACAGGUUGUGUGCAGGUUUUGCUGCUGCUGCUGCUGCUACAGCUGCUGCUGCUGCAGCUGCAGCAAGCAGCAGCAACGAAAUGGUUUCUCUUCGGGCGUCCGCAGGGCUCUGCUGCAGACUCUUGCAACAGAAGCGGGGAGGAGAUUCAUCUGGAGGCGCAGUGGUUUGAACAGCCUCUUGAUCAUUUUGACCCCAUUCUACAGGCAGAGGGACGCAAGUGGAAGCAGCGCUACUUCGAGCUGCUGCACCAGGACCCGCAGCAGCAGCAGCAGCAGCAGCAGCAGCAGCAGGGGAAUCAGCUGCCAAGGCCCAUGUUUGUUUACAUUGGAGGAGAAGCAGCAAUUGCACCAACUGAUAUUACAGGAGGUCGGGCCCUAGCGGACUUGGCUGCUUUUAUCGAAGCAAAACGCCGUGAGAGAGCGAAGGCUCAAAAAGUGUCUCCUUCACAUAUUCCAGUUGUUGUAUUUGGAUGCUCUUACCCAGGUUCUCUCGCUGCGUUUGCUCGUCUGAAGUACCCUUUUCUAAUCUCAGGAGCAAUAAGCUCUUCUUCUCCUUUGCAAGCAAAAGAAAGUUUCUUUGCUUUUGAUGCUGCAGUUAAAGCGGGGCUGCCUCCCCGCUGCGCUGCUGCUGCUGCUGCAGGGCUGGCAGCACUCAGCAGCAGAAUGCAAGACACCACGCUAGCGGAACAAGAGCUGCACCGCUUUGGCUGCGAAGACGUCCCCAUUCAAACAAACACUGAAAAGACUGCGUUUGUAUAUUCUGUCGUUGAUGCCGUCGCUGAAGCUGUUCAAUAUAACCGCCCCACAGAACGCCCUUUAGUAGAGAGCCUCUGCAGCUCCUUGGGGUUUGUUGCUGCUGACGUCCCCCCAGACAGCAGCAGCAGCAGCAACAGCAGCAGCAGCAGCAGCAGCAGCAGCUCGAGAAUCAAACCUAAGAUGAGCAGCGCACAUGUUGUUGAGUAUGAAGAAGAAGAAGAAAGAGAGAAGAAAGAGAAAAAAGAAGCAGGAGUAGUCUUUAGGGAGGAGACCCGGGAUCGGGAUCGGGAUCGGGAUCGGGAUCGUGAGGAGCAUCUGCUCCAAGGCCUAGCGAAGUAUUUUAAGGAGUCAUACAGCAGAAAACAAACAAACUGCAGAAGCCUCAACAUGCUUGCAGCCACAGACACCCGCCUCGAUAAUUCGGUGCUAUCAAAUACAAGGCUGUGGAUGUGGCAAAGCUGUUCUCAGUUCGGGUUUUGGCAGGUCAGAUAA